AUGAUGUUUCUCUUUGCUGUCUUGUUGCUUUAUUCUUCAUUGCUUCCUUUCAUAUUCAACUUGAUGCAAUUCUUCAGCUCCAACAUAGGAAAGAACUACAUGUUCCUUCUCUGCAAUGGGAUUCUAGUUUUCAUCGUUAAGAAUUCCGGUCUAGUUGGCAGUUCUCAUCAAGAUAUUAAUCCCAUAAAUAAUGGAGAAAAUCUGCAGAAACAACUUGAAACAGUUUCUGCAGAAGAACAAGUGCAUGAAAUUGCAGACAAGUCUUUGGUUAUGGUGGAAGGAGUUGAUGAAGAUGAUGAUGAUGAAGAAAUCGGAUUGCCGAAUGUAGAAGAGUUGAACAAGAAAUGUGAUGAUUUUAUAAGAAAUAUGAAAGAAAGAAUCAAAUUUGAAGCUCAACAGCUUGUUCUGGUUCAACAUUAA